AUGAAAAAUUUUAAUAACCAAUUGGUUAGAGCAUAUGUGGACGUGGACAUUUUGGACAAUGUCCCACCGUCUUAUAUAGGGCGGAUAUGUCCCAUGUACAAUACUCGCAAAUGUAGAAGCGAAGAAACCUCGACACAACAAUCUCAGAAUCCACCGGAGCUCAAGUAUUCUUUAAUUUUCGAUUCACAUCCUGCAGAGGACGUGUACGAGACCCAAUCUCUUAUUGAUAGUCACGGCAAAAUGUUUGAUGCAAACUUGGCAAUACGGGAAUGGAAAAGCCUCACAGCAACCAUCUUUGGGGCGCAAAAUGUGAGAAUCGGACAUUUAACCAAAUCCAAAUCUGAUACAAUUACAAUUCAUAAUAUUAAAGGAGGUUUCUAUAUUGAUACACCUGGGUUUGAUGAUUCUGAUGAAGAUAAGAACGAUGAGGAAUUUAACGAAAACCUCGUACAAACGUCGACAAAAUACUAUAAUGGAAAUGUGUGGGAUAAUACCAUUAUCGUCACUAAAGGGGAUACAAUUAAUAAUGGUCCUCGUGAUAGGAGCCAGAGAAAAUUCAAAUGUUCUAAGAAAUUGAUCCAAGGAGCAAAUCCGAGUUCGUACCUGGAUACUGGAAUUGCUGUCACAAUAACGAUGUUAAUUCACGAGGAUGCAAGCAUGUUUAUCAAUGCUGCAGCAAAGAUUAUCGAU